ACCCGAGCCAGCGACGCUGCCAGCCGGGCCAGCGCUCAGGCCGCCGAGGACUCCGGGAGCCAUGGCGGACCAGGACAGUGCAGGGAGCCCGGGAUCCCGGGGUCCCCGGCCCCCGAAGCCCAGUGCCUCCGCGGGCCGUCCGGAGAAGUCGUGGGUGCGGCGACAGUGCGCGCUGCUGCUGCGGCGACACCGGCAGGCUCAGAAGGCCGGCCAGCUCUUCUCGGGGCUCUUGGCCCUCAACCUGGUCUUCCUCGGCGGGGCCUUCAUCUGCAGCAUGAUCUUCAACCACGAGGCCGUCACCCUGGGGGAUGUCUGGAUCCUCCUGGCCGUCCUCAAGGUCCUCUCUUUGCUCUGGCUCCUCUACUACCUGGGGGGCACUGCCCGGCGGCCCCAGGCCAUCCCGCACCGCGACCCCCAUGCCGGGCCUCUCUGGGUGAGAGGCUCCUUGGUCCUGUUUGGUGUCUGCAGCGCCAUCCUUAACCUCUUCCGCGUUGGCUACGACGUGGGCCACGUCCACUGCAAGUCCCAGGUGCAGCUCGUCUUCCCCAUCCUCGAAGUCGUCUUCAUCGGCGUCCAGACCUAUGUGCUCUGGGGCCACUGCAAGGACUGUGUCCAGGUCCAGACCAACUUCACCAGGUGCGGCCUGAUGCUGACGCUGGCCACCAACCUCCUCCUCUGGGCCUUGGCGGUCACCAACGACUCCCUGCACCGCGAGAUGGAGGCCGAGCUCACUGCCCUCAUGGAGAAGUUCACAGGCAACGGCACAAACACCUGCCUGUGCCCGAACGGCAGCGUGUGCAAGUUCUUCCAGAAAGGGUACCUGAUGCUGUACCCCUUCAGCACGGAGUACAGCCUCAUCACGUGCGCGGUGCUCUACGUCAUGUGGCAGAACGUGGGGCGCAGGCCCCCGCAGCUGCUCGCCCACUCCCCGCCCGCCUUCCGCCUGCACGGGGCCAUCUUCGGCCCGCUGCUGGGCCUCCUGGCCCUGCUGGCCGGCGUCUGCGUCUUCGUCAUCUUCCAGAUCGAGGCCAGCGGGCCGGCCAUCGCGCGCCAGUACUUCACCCUCUACUACGCCUACUACGUGAGCGUCCUGCCGGCCAUGGCACUGGCCGCCUUGCUGGGCACCGCCAUCCACGGGCUGGAGGAGCGCGAGCUGGACACCGUCAAGAACCCCACGCGGAGCCUGGAUGUCUUCCUGCUGAUGGGCGCCGCCCUGGGCCCCCUCGGCAUCUCCUACUUCUCCAUCGUGGCCAUCGCGGCCACCCGCCUCCGACAGCCGGUCCACGGGCUCAUCCUGGCCUACUCCAUCCUGCUGGUCGCCCAGCACCUCACCCAGAACGUCUUCAUCAUCGAGGGGCUGCACCGCCGGCCGCUCUGGACGGAGAGGGAGACGGAGAGGGCGGGGGUCCCGCACGCCCCCCGCCGAGACUCGGUGCUCGAGCUGGGGCAUGAGCUGCGGCGGGCCUCUCUGGCCUACAUCUACUCCUACAGCCACCUCAACUGGAAACGCCGAGCACUCAAGGAGAUCUCCCUCUUCCUCGUGCUCUGCAACAUCACGCUGUGGAUAAUGCCGGCGUUCGGUGCACACCCCGAGUUUGAAAACGGGCUGGAGAAAGAUUUUUACGGCUACCGGACCUGGUUCACCGUCGUCAACUUUGGCCUGCCUCUCGGCGUCUUCUACCGCAUGCACUCGGUCGGGGGUCUGGUGGAGGUCUACCUGGGGGCCUGA